CAUUAUAUUCACCUCUGAAUAUAUAGCCUCGAUUUGAUGACAACAUCGCAUCCGUAAACUGAAGAGAAAUAAACAUUCUAAUCUAGAAUAGAUCCAAAAGUAGUAAUACUCUCUGUAGUUACUAGCCUAUUUUUAGAUUUAAUAUAUUAAAAUCUACCUGUCUCUGAAUUUAGAAUGUCUGCACUUGGUGUAAAUGAGCAUCAUGAAACUCAAAUCAUUAACUACAUACGCUUUGCAAGAUACCAACGAGCCCAGAGAUUAAGAGCUGUUGAUGUUUGUUUUGAGGAAUUGAAAGAUAGCAGAUUGACAGAUGAAACAUUUACUAUUGAUGAAGUAACAGACAUGUUGAAUGGACUUCUUGAAAUAGUUCGUUCUGAAGUAGAAUCAGAGUUGAUCAACACCGCACACACAAAUGUACUUAUGUCCCGGCAGAUGUGCAUGCAAGCAGAAAAAUGGCACCUUAAACUUUCUACAGAUAUUUCAGAGCUAGAAAACAGGGAACUUUUAGAACAGAUCAGAGAAUUUGAGGAGCGAGAAUUUUCUGGGGCCAAAAAAGAAAAAGAAUUUGUAGCCAAAAAACUUAUGCCUAUUAAUGAUACAGGCUUGACACAACUUUUAAAUUUGAAAAUUGAUGAACUCCAGUCAGAGAAUGAAAUGCUGUUGCAAAAACUUUCAAAGUUUGACAAAGAUUUUACUAAUAACUAUCAAAAAACCAAAUCAUUGGCAUCAGAUUUAGAACGCCUACAAGCUGAACUGAAUGAGAAAAGCUCAAGGGGUGCAACUCAAGAAGAAAUUGCCAAAAUGAACAGACAAAUGGAAGAACUUCAGUUACAGUUGGAGAAAGAACACAAAAAGUCUGCUAAAAAGUCUGAUCAAGAAAUAGCUGACACUAAGCAUGAACUUCUUAGAAUACGAGAAAUGUUGGAAUUAGCAGAAAAGGAAUUAGAAAAGAAAGUGAGUCAAACUGUCCCAUUUAAAAAUCUCAAACAUAUGCUGCAAAAGAAAAAUGACCAAAUGAAAGAAUUACGACAAAGGCUUAUGAAAUAUGAGAGAGUGGAGGAUGACUAAUACACUAUCUUUUUUUAUUUCUUUAUUUGUUCAAUGUAAAAUUUAGUUUGAAAUAGAACUCAGUGAAACAUGCAGGAAAGGAAAUAUAUUUAUAAAUCAGUUAAAUGUCUUUUGUUUAAUUUAGUCAAAAUACCGGUAUAUAUAUAUUAUAUAUAUAUAUAUAUAUAUGUGUGUGUGUGUGUGUCUUUAAAUUUUGAUGUUGAACACUUGGCAUGCAUUUCUAAAAUGCCUAAAAUAUUGCAUUGAAAAUGGCAUUAUCACACAGUUUGAAUGCUAAAUACUUCUGUCAUACUUGGUUGAUGUACACUGUUAUGUAUUUGAGGUUUUAUUAGUUAUAUUUUAAUGUUUGUGUGAUAAUAUUGCUCAGUUUUGAAGAUUUAUCCGUCCAUCAAAAUGAAUAAAAUUUACUUAAAUAUAUUAUGUACUUGUCAUAUCACACAAUUUACUUCAAGAGUUCCAAAAAGACUUUUUGUAAAUUUUUCCACAGAAAAUAAAACUGUGAUGACUACCCUAUCA